ACAAUUGCCAAUCCUGGUCCACUCGGUCUCAGUGCCUUUGCCUUGACCACCUUGGUUCUCUCUCUUCAUAAUGCAGGCGCCGGAAUGCCUGCCUCCUCACCCAGCAAUGUAGUCGUCGGCCUUGCUGCAUUCUAUGGCGGUGUUGUCCAGCUCUUGGCUGGUAUGUGGGAAUUCAGAACCGGAAAUACCUUUGGUGCCACAGCCUUUUCUAGUUAUGGUGGUUUCUGGCUCUCUUAUGCCGCAAUCUUUAUUCCUAGCUUUAACAUCCUCGGGGCUUACUCUGCAGAGGGUGUUGCUGCAACUGCUCUGAGCCAUUCGCUCGGAAUUUACCUCAUGGCCUGGGCACUUUUCACAGCUCUCAUGCUCAUCGCUUCCCACAGAUCCUCAGUCGGUCUCAUGGCCUUGUUCUUCUUCCUCACAAUCACUUUCAUUCUCCUUUCUGCCAGCGAAUUCAAUGCCAGUGAACACACAAAGAUUGCCGGAGGUGCCUUUGGUGUCAUCACUGCUUUCGUAGCCUGGUACAAUGCCCUCUCUGGUCUCUUAACCCAAGACUCUUCUUACUUCCUUCUUCCC